AUGAAAAUUAAUACAACAGAACAAAAUCAAACUUCAGUAGAUAGUGAAUCUUAUAGUAUAUAUUCUCAGCUUGAAAUAACAGAAGACAACAAUGAUGAAAUACCUCUUAUAGAAAACAAAGACAUUCAGUCUUUUGAUGUUUUAACUCAUACACCAUUUUCUAUUGAUCUUACAAAAUCUGGACAACAAAAUUUUACUAAUGAGCCUUGCAGAAGAAUACCCAUUAUUUCUAAUUUAAAUGCAUCUAAAACAUCACAUAAUUACCCAUCUAAUGUUAUUUCUAAUGCAAAAUACAAUAUUUUCACAUUUAUUCCGGUAUUUUUAUAUGAACAGUUUAAACAUUUUUUAAAUUUAUAUUUUCUUCUUGUAGCACUUUCUCAAUUUAUUAUACCAUUACGUAUAGGAUACUUAUCUACAUAUAUUGCUCCAUUAAUUUUUGUUAUUUCUAUAACCAUGGGGAAAGAACUAUUUGAUGAUUUAGCUAGGAGAAAAAGGGAUAAUGAAGCAAAUUCAGAAUCAUACACAGUUCUAGAUAAUGAUUCUCCUAAGAAAAGUCGUGAUUUAAAAGUAGGAAAUUUAAUUAUAAUACAAAAAAAUAAACGUAUUCCUUCAGACAUUUUAUUACUUCACACAAAUAAUCCAAAUGGUGAAUGUUUUAUUAAAACAGAUCAAUUAGAUGGUGAAACGGAUUGGAAAUUAAGAAUUGCACCAGCAGCUACACAACCCUUUUCAUCAAGCGAAUCUUUAUUUUCUUUGAAUGCUACUGUUUAUGCUGGCCCUCCUAUAAAAUCUAUUCAUAUGUUUUUUGGAACAUUAUCAAUAGAAUUAUCAAAAAAUAUACACAAUUAUCCAUUAACUGUAGAUAACAUGUUAUGGGCAAAUACAGUCUUAGCAUCGGAUGGUCCUAUAAUAGGUUUAGUAGUUUAUACAGGUCCAGAAACGAGGCAAGCUAUGAAUACAUCAAGAGCAGGAACUAAAACAGGCUUACUAGAAUCAGAAAUUAAUAGUCUUACAAAAAUUCUUUGUACUUUAACAUUUAUGCUAAGUUUCAUCUUAGUUUUACUUAAUGACUCUGAAGAAGAAUGGUAUAUAUCGUUAUUUAAAUUUCUUAUUCUUUUUUCCAGUAUCAUACCAAUUAGUUUAAGAGUUAACUUAGAUUUGGGAAAAUCAGUUUAUGCUUAUCAAAUAGAACAUGAUUCCGAGUUAAAAGGAACUAUUGUAAGAACUAGUACAAUUCCUGAAGACUUGGGUCGAAUAGAAUAUCUUUUAACAGACAAAACAGGAACUCUUACCCAAAAUGACAUGAAAAUGAAAAAACUUCAUAUUGGCACAUUAGGAUAUACAAGCGAAGCAAUGUCAGAAGUAGCAGCAUAUGUUCGAGGAGAAUAUAAAAAUAGCUAUUCAAAUACGCAAUAUAUAACUCAAAAAGUUAAAAAAGAAAUAGGAAAUAAAAUUAGAGACAUAGUUUUUGCAUUAUCUGUAUGCCAUAAUGUUACACCAACUACAGACUUAAGUACGAAUACUGUCUCAUAUCAGUCAUCGUCUCCUGAUGAAAUAGCAAUUGUAGAGUGGACUAGCAGUAUGGGUUUAACUCUCCAUCAACGAGACAGACAUACUAUUCAAUUAUGUCAUCAACAUACUGAUGAACUUAUAAAAAUGAAAAUUCUUCAUAUUUUUCCAUUUACUUCAAAAUCUAAAAGAAUGGGAAUUAUAGUACAAAUAAUAAAAAAUUCAGAUAAAAAUGGAGAUAUUUGGUUUUUUCAAAAAGGUGCAGAUACAGUUAUGCAGAAAAUUGUUACAUCUAAUGAUUGGUUGGAUGAGGAGUGUAAUAAUAUGGCUAGAGAAGGACUAAGAACACUUGUUAUUGGAAGAAAAAAAUUAACCAAAGAAUCAUAUGAUGCUUUUGUAAGAAACUACAAUCAAGCAAUAUUAGACUUAUAUAAUAGAGACAAAGCUAUUGCAGAUGUAAUUUCAAAAUCUUUGGAAUGUGAUCUUGAGCUUUUGGGCUUAACGGGUGUGGAAGAUAGAUUACAGAAAGAUGUUAAACCUUCAUUAGAAUUCUUAAGAAAUGCAGGAAUCAAAAUUUGGAUGCUUACAGGAGAUAAAGCAGAAACCGCGAAAUGUGUAGCAGUCAAUUCUAAAUUUGUAGCUAGAGGACAAUAUAUCCACACAAUAAUAAAAGCUAAAUCAAAAGAAUAUAUUAUAGAACAACUAGAGUUCCUAAAAAACAAACAAGAUUUAUGCCUUCUUAUAGAUGGAGAAUCUCUUCAACUAUAUAUGGAUUUUUAUAAAAUAGAGUUUAUAUCUAUAGCAACAAAAUUACCAUCAGUAAUAGCUUGUCGAUGUACACCUACACAGAAAGCAGAUAUUGCUAAACUUAUUCAAAGUUAUACACAUCGUAGAGUAUGUUGUAUAGGUGAUGGGGGAAACGAUGUUAGUAUGAUUCAAGCUGCAAAUGUAGGAAUAGGAAUUGUAGGAAAAGAAGGUCAUCAAGCCAGUUUAGCAGCAGAUUUUUCAAUUACUCAAUUCUAUCAUUUAACUAAAUUAUUAGUUUGGCAUGGACGUAAUAGUUAUAAACGCUCAGCAAAACUGACUCGUUUUGUAAUUCACCGUGGUCUUCUAAUUAGUGUCUGUCAAGCUUAUUAUUCAAUUCUAUCAGGGUUUACUCCUAUUGUUCUUUUUAAAGGAUGGUUAAUGGUUGGAUAUGCAACUCUUUAUACGAUGGCUCCAGUAUUUAGCCUUGUUCUUGAUCGAGACGUUAACGAAUGUCUAACAUUCCUAUAUCCAGAGCUAUAUAAAGAACUUACUAAAGGAAAAACACUCAAUUACAAAACUUUUUUUAUAUGGGUUUUUGUUUCUUUAUACCAAGGAAUUUCUAUUAUGUUAUUAUCUAGUAUUUUUAUCGGAUUAAAUAAAAUAAAAACAAUAGUAACAGUAAUAUUUACAGCAUUAAUUUUAAACGAAUUAAUCAUGGUCAUUAUAGAAAUGUGUACAUGGCAUAAAAUCAUGAUUAUAGCAGAAAUAGUUACUUUAGCAGCCUAUAUUGUAUCUAUACCAUUUCUUAGUGAUUAUUUUGAUCUAAAUUAUAUAAAAACUACUGAUUUCAUCUGGAAAACAAUAGUAAUUAUAUCAGUUUCACUGAUACCACCAUGGAUAGUAAAAACUUUAAGAAGAAAAAUCAAACCUCCAAACUAUGCUAAAUUACAAGUAUAA